CUCUGUUCGGUCUUCAGAUUUGUAAUGCGUUUCUCGGCCCUGUUACCAGGUUUUGUUGUCUUUUUAAUCAAGAACCAAGCGACCUCUGGCCAAUCAAUUAAUGGGAGGUUUCCGUGCCCGGACGAGUACCCAGCCCAUUUCUGUGGAAGAGAGACAACACCACAGGAACACGCGACCACACGUUAUGUAGGAUAUUUGCAACCACCCAAAUGGCUAGGCAAUCAUUACACAUGUGUGGGUGUGAUAGCCCAGAAAAAACCAGCAAAAUUCCAGUUCUGCUGCAAGAAUAACGCAUUUGGAAACAGAUCAGUCUAUGUGAGUUCCAAUCUGACUUCCUCCUUGAAUUGA